ACGGCGCACAUUGGUUCAAGAGUGGCCGAAAUUCAUUUUUUUCAUGUUCGCCGAUUUGGAUAAUUUUUUGGUAUUUUGUUGUCAGAUAGUUGAAUAUUAUGAUUCCGUAAUAUUAGGCUGAUAUAUUUAGUAUUUCUUUGGACAGACACGCUCCAAGUUCAUAUAUGUUCGCUUGUUUAAAAUGGCAUGCAAAUUUACUGUAUAUUCAAUCUUUUGGUACAAUCACAGUAAACUUAUCAUUUGACUUUGUUGUAUAUUUUCGUAAAUGGCAAUUGUCAUAGAUGAGAUUUGCAUUAAAAAAAGUUGGAAAAAGUGCCACAUAAAAAAUUUCGUAGAACAAAAUAUAAACAACAUCAAAAUUUCAAUGUUCAUCAACUUCAGUGGACUGCAUGUUUUUAGCGCUGUGGAGCGCUGUUUAACGAAAGACGUCAAAUUACAGCUUGAAGUCUCAGCUAAAAGCUAAAAAAAAAUUCAGCUGCUCAUACCUGCUCCUUUCCAAAAGAAACAGUAAAAACUAUAAAGUGAUAAAGUAAGAAAACGUGAAUUUUCGUUCAUGCUUGUUGUUGUUGUUGCCAUAAUUCUUUACUGUUAACAACAAUAGAAGAUCAAGCGAUAGACUAUUAGGUGCUGUGUUAUCAUUCAUUUAUUAUGUUGUUGCAUGCAAUAACAACUACACAUUAUGUCUUGCUCUCUUUAUUGCACAAAAUCUUUUCCGUUAGAGCUUAAUAAGUAAUACAUUAAGUACCAACAACAAUAUACAGUUUCUGAUUUAAAUUUCUGCUUUUGGGUAUACAUUUCUAAUAUUAUUGAUAUGCUAAUUGACAUUACAUUGGCAAGUGCAGUGAUAAGAGGUGUGUUUUUAAGUGAUAUCAAGAUUUAAUUUUAUUAAUUAUGGAAAAUGUAACAAUUUCUUAUUUAAAUAUUUGCGAAAUAUUAAUUGAUAACAACAGUGAUAUUGAUGUUACUGUCGAAGUCAUUGCAAAUAGCAAUGAAGGAAUGACUGCUGAGGAUGUUGAAGUCUUUACUGGAUUUUUGAAAAAAAACUUUUUUACAAAGUUCAAAGAUAGAUGGCAAAAAGCAAGACGCAUAAAAACCAGAUUUCUUGAUCUUAAUGAAAAUUGGCUGAAAAAUGUCUACAAAGUGUGCAAAUAUACCGCAAACAAUGAAGCACCAAGCUGUUCAAAUAUGGUUAAACGUGGACGUCCAGCAAAAGCCUUCGAGGAUUGCCAACCGCGAACAAAGAGGACAAAGGUACAAGAUUUUUGUGAAAACACCUCAAUGGUGUUGAUAUCGUCUGCCGCAAAAAAAAGUGAGUGUUUAGACAAAUCCAUUAAGGCGUUCACCCCGGAGAAGGCACUUGGGCUGAUACUUGAUGCUUCGUUGUCAAAGCAUCAAUAUGAGGUUUUGCGCAGUUCAGCUAGAGAAAUUGGAUUCGACAUUUACCCAUCCUACCAUCAGGUACUGGAAGCAAAAAAAAAAUGCUAUCCUGCAAAUGUUCAGGUGCAAGAAAGUUGUAGCAAAGUUUCUCUACAACAGUUAUUAGAUCAUACAGUAACCAGGAUUUUGAUGACAAAAACCGAGAAUGAGGUGACAGAACUCCCCAACGAACUGCAAAUGUUCUCAAAAUGGGGCUGUGACGGAAGUUCGGGACACAGUGAAUACCAUCAAAAAUUCACAGAUCCAAAUGACUCCGAUAAAUAUAUGUUCUUAACGUCACUUGUUCCAUUGACCCUCACAGAGCGUAAUAAUAUGUCAACAAUGUGCUGGAGAAAUACAGAGCCAUCAUCAACUAGAUUUUGCCGACCGUUAAAAUUUGAAUUUAUACAAGAAACAGCUGAAGUUAUAAAUUCAGAGGUCAGUCGUGUUAAUGACGAAAUAAAAAAUUUAAGAAAUACUGUCGUUGAAUUGCAUAGCAGAAACUUCAAUAUUUCUCACACACUGAAAUUAACAAUGAUUGAUGGGAAAGUAGCUACUACGAUUUCUGGAAGUUCAUCUAUGGCGGUUUGCUUCAUAUGUGGAGCAAAGCCCACAGAAAUGAAUAAUUUAGAUGCGGUGAUUUUGAGGAAAUGUUCGGAAGAAGCAGUUGCGUUUGGUAUUUCUCCCUUGCAUGCGAGAAUCAAAUUUAUGGAGUGCAUUCUGCACAUUUCUUACCGUCUAAGUUUCAAAAAAUGGAGAACAGAUAGUUACACAAAAAUUGAAAUGGCGGCAAAUAAAGCUGAAAUUGGGAAGAGAUUAAAGUUGACACUGGGCAUAAAUGUGGACGCGGUGAAGCAAGGUAUGGGCACAACAAACGAUGGCAAUACGGCAAGAAGGUUUUUCGAAAAUCCAGCCAAAACUGCAGACGUAAUUGGAAUAAAAGAAGAGUUAAUACAUAGAUUUAAAAUUAUUUUGGCCGCAAUAAAUUGUAAUGCAGCAGUCGACACUAGCAAAUUUCAUAUAUAUUGCAUGGAUACUGCCAAGUUGUUUGUUGAUCUCUAUGGCUGGUACUACAUGCCUGUAACUGUGCAUAAGAUUCUGGUGCAUGGUAGCAAAAUUAUAGCAGAAGCUAUUCUGCCAAUAGGUAUGCUGUCCGAAGAAGCUCAGGAAGCGAGGAAUAAAGAUUAUAGAGCCUAUAGAUUACAUCAUUCGCGAAGAAUUGGACGUGUAGCCACUAAUGAAGAUGUAAUGCAUAACCUUUUAUUGUCUUCAGACCCAUUUAUAAAUAGAUUUCGCUCAAAGCUGCAAAUCAAAAAAUUGGAGUACGAUAAUGAUGUUAAAAAAUUAUUAAAAGACUAUGCUUAAUUUA